GUCCUGCAUUUCGUCCUGUCGCAUCACCGUCGUGUCGUGUCAGAGACCCGCUACUUACAUAAACAGCCCGAAAUAAAAUAUGAAACAUCUGUCAGAGGAGUGACAUUAAACACACGCUUCAUGAGGAGUGCAUAAAAACUGCAGUAAAGAGACUGUUUGACGUGCUGCUGUGAAGAAAAUAACUGUUUCUGACGUUGCUGUUUGCAUUUAUGCUCUCUCAGGAGGGAUCAUCCGUGAAUAAUCUGCUUCGCUUUUGACUGUUGGGGAUGUGACCCUCUCUCACUUUAUGAUCCCAGCCACACGUGAUCAUGACCACCCACCUCAUCCUGGUAUUGGUACCCAUCCUGGGGUUCCUUGUGCUUCCAUGUGCAUCCACCCAUGGAGAUAACGGUUUUCGGAUAGUGUUAAAUAAGACUCUGCAAAACUUAGGGGAUUGUGACCUGCGAUUAUGUCCUAAAAAUGAAACGUGUACGAAGGCUCUCAUUUAUGACAAAGAAUCUCGUUGCUUUCUGAUCUACUGUCCACCUGGCCAGAAGUCCUGUGAAAACAUUACAAAUGUUCCAGACCUGUUAGACCAAAUUGCAGAGUCUGUCCAUGUGGACCAACAUGAGUCUAGUGGAUCUGCACCUCCCCAUCAAUCCUUUGGACGCAACUUGCCACCUCAAGACGAUUUUUCAAAUGUCACACAACAAUCAGUACCUACAGUAACUAACAUCUCUGCAUCCAAUGCUUCCACUCCUACACAACCACCCGCAACUGUAGUGCCCAACAAAGUGCAGACAACUCCUUUAACGCAAGAUAAUGGAUCAGGAAUUGUUUCUCCAGCAACCCAUGCAACCACACCAACGACGCUACCUGCAACAUCCACUGCUACAACCACAACAACGAUCACGUCAAACGCAACAGCUACCAGCACAACAACAACAACAACUACAACUGUCAUCACAACCACAAAUGCUACAAACCACCAACCCACGACACCAUCAGAACCCAAAAAGGCUGCCAGCAUCACACCAUUAGUGCCUACAGCAGCUCGACUAACCACUACCCCCAAACCAGUCCAAACUACUCCUGUACCAACAUCCACAAAGCCAUCGCCAACCACGCCAAAAACCUCAACAAGCCCACCCACAACGCCUAAGAACAUUUCUGAUGGGGCCCAAGGUAGGACAGACCGGACCAAGGUGCAGGUGGCCGGUGACCCUCUGUCCGUUCACCUGUUGAACACCAGCUCUCUUCUGGCCGUGCUUCUGUUCGGCCUUCUGUUCUUUGUGGUCGCAGUGGCGUUGUUCCUCAAACAAGCCUAUGAGAGCUACAAGCGAAAGGAUUACACUCAGGUCGACUAUCUCAUUAACGGAAUGUACUCCGAUUCGGGGGUCUGAUGGGUGUGAGAUUUGGACUUCACUUUUUGUUAUGGGGUUUGGUAGCAGAUUGACGCUUGGUACUGCUACUCAUGUUAAAAAUGGUAGCACUUACAUUUCAAAAGCCCAUUUCCAGUUUGGGAAAUCUAGCAGGUGCUUGAAUACAAAAUGUAUUGAGUUUGUGUUUCUUUCUAUGCAGAUUUAGCUUCCUCGUAAUUUUUGGGCGUGUGGGGUGAAGCCUUAGUAUUACUUUAACCCUUAACGAAUGUCAUUACACAGGAAUUCAUAGUGCAAUAUUUGGAAAUUCUGGGUUUUUUUUGUCUGUACCUCUGUGUUAUGUCCAGUGUUCAUACGCAGCUAAAGAAUAUUUGCUGCAAAGUUUUCCUUUUUUACGUUCGUCCAAAUGGUGUGGGUAACUUCAAUUCAUUUAGGAAUUAUUGUCUUUUGUCUUUUCUUGUGUGAGGAACAAAUGCCAAAUUAGGAAUUGUGGCACAGAAGCACAUUGUCAAGCCAAGGGAAUAAUUUAGCCAUUGUGUAUUUGAUGUCUGGAACAAAAUAAAGGUUAUAACUGUAUGAGACCUGAGGAAUGCAUAAGGAAUGAUCAUUUCAUAUGUGCCAAAUGGAUUUUGUAAGUCUUAAUAGCAACAUUGUUAAAAGAUAUAUUAAUAAUAAAAAGAUAAUUUGCUAAAAAA